AUGGUGACAAGCUUGCCUGGGGUCCUUACAAAAGUGACGAAUCCGUUUGGUCAGUCUUCCAAGGAAGUUUUGCAGAAAAGGCUGAUGUCUGCUCAGGAGAGGCCCGAGAAUCAGGUCUGUUCUGACUGUGACGAACCUGAUCCUGAAAUGGCGUGCCUGUUGAUCAAUCCGGUGGAUAAAGGAGGCGCCAAAUUGGGAGUGUUUUGCUGUGAAGACUGUGCUUCUGCCAUGACUGACUUGGGGAGACUUGUAUGCGAGGUUAAAAGCACAACGUUGACUCAGUCUGAGUGGACACCAGAGGAUGUUUUGGCUAUGGAAAACACUGGCAACGAGUUGGUCAGCUACAUCUUCGAGGCACAAUUGAGCCACGACGAACGCGAGGAAGAACGAUACAAAAGGGGAUUUCACCGCCACAAGUACGAGAUCUUAAAGUUCUUCAGUAAAGCAGCCUACGAGGAACGAUCUACUCAGAUUCACAGGCCAGCAAUAGAGGCAAAGGACGAGGAAAAGGUAAAAGAUGUCUCGGACGAAAAGAAGAAGGAGAAAAGGGACAAGAAAAAAGACAAAGACAAAACAACAACCAAGAGCAAAAAGUCGGCAAAGAAAUCGAAGAAAAAGGGCAAAAAGACAGACGACAAAGAAACGGGCAAAAAGACAGACUCUACAGCGGACGAUGAUGAUGCAUCUAUCGUUUCCAUCCAGGAUUUGCUCAGUGGUGACGAGGAGCAGGGACCGAAUAAAGACGAAAGGGUCAACGAUGGGGAAACAUCGCUGAGCAUUCUCAAUAUUCAGGAUGGUGGAGAGGGCGAAGUUACGAAGUCUGGAGGUGCCAAACCUGAAGCGGUCCAAUCGCCACAUCGUAGAUCCGUCAGAAGACGCCGUUCUGCAAGAGGUCUCGAUCAGCUUGAAGGUGGCGGGACAAGUUCAGGAAACAAGGAUGAGCCAGUGAGGCGACGUGGCUCUACACGAAGGCUCGAUAAGCCUGAUAAUACAGGAGAUCCACUCCGAUCACAAUCUGCUCAUGCGCCCAUGCGAAGGCGCCGAUCUGCCCGCGGUUUGGAGGGCGACCCUCUGGCAGGCGGCUCGGCUCACGGCCCUACUAGGAGGAAACCGCGUGAUCCUUUGAGUUCACACUCGGCUCAUGUACCCAGGCCAAGGCGCAAGAAAGAUGAUAAGAAUGCCGAAAAGCUCGCAUCCUCGACGAAUGAAAUAGUUUGGAACCCUCUCGAGGCCUUGCCCAGCCAUGAAUCCUUUAACGAAAAAAGAGACAUCACACAGCUUGCUCAGAUCUCUCUCACCCAACUCGGGUUUGAAGAUUGGGACCCUCAUAUGUCGCAUGCAUCUUUCGCGUCCAGUAACGCUGCUGACAAUGCCACGGCAGACGAAGGAGCCGAAAAGGGUGACGAAGCGAAUGUCGUCACCGACAAAGAUAUAAAUGGCUCGCCUCAGGCCAGCGGGUGCGAUUCGCCAACUCCACAACGCGGAAUCCGCAAGAGUAUAUCAUCCAGCGCUUCCUCCACAAGCAAACAGCGAAGCUUGACUCCCAUAAGAAAACAACGAAGCCUGACUCCACUUAGAAAACAACGAAGCAAGUCACCAGGGCCCGACGGGCUGAAGCCAACACCAACAGCAGUAUUCCCAAUCCGUGACCUGGGAGAUGCCGAUGAUGUUGAACGUUUUCAGGCGUCGUUUUCAUCCACGAGGGAUGCCCGAAGGAACGACCGACGCGCGAGAGGUGAAGCCAAACCAAGUCGCCAAAGGUCUUCUUCCAGACAGAAAUUGUCUCAGUCGUUGCAUGCCCUGCCGUCGCAUGCCCUGCCGUCAGUCCAGGGAAACUCUGUAUGCUCUGAUGCACCCAGCCGACAAAAGAAAGCAAGGUCGCCCAGACGUGAUAAGGAUGCAAAUCGCAGUGUUUCCGGUGCGAAGCGGAGAUCCAGCUCAUCCAGGAGAAUUGGCAAGUCUAUGGGUGGACUUGAGAGCGAGAAUAUGACCCCUCAGGAUGCAGAUGGACAAGCUAGUAACCAGAAAUCAUCAUGCAGCGAGGAUGUUAUUGACUCUGCCCAGGAAUUCGUCUAUCCAGACGAAAUUGAUGAAGGCAGCUAUACUGAGCACGAACAAAAACCGCGACGUAAAUUAGCUGCAAAAAGGACGGUUUCAGGGGAGCGCAAUCGAGCUGUGCCGGCUAGGUCCAAGUCGGCCUCCACGCUGCUUGGGAGGGAGCGCCGAGGGCCACCUGGCAGGUCUGGUUCCUCGACUGGACUAAGGGAUGCCAAAGAGCCCAAAGAGUCCGAUGUCAGCAACAAAGCUCGACAACCUAGAGACAGGGAUCGACGCGAAAGAAGGUCGGCAGCCCAGAACAGGGAAAGGGUCCGAGCCAUGAUGCACAGAAGUCUCGUCGACUUCGCAGACCAGGUGCCAGAUCCCGGCGAACUCGAAGUGGACGAUGAACCUGAGGAAUCCAAGAGGAGUAAUAGCGACUCUGACAGUGACGGCGACAGCGACAGCAGCGAAUCGGAGAGGUCUUCGUUUAGUGCCAUUGAUAUCAUAAAGAAGAAAACCACUGGGCUUGUCAAGAAGACGGCCGAGCAAACUACUGGCCUUGUCAAGAAAACAGCAGGACAAACCACAGGUUUGAUGAUCAAGACAGCAGAGCAAACGACUGGCCUUGUGAAGAAAACGGCAGGACAAACUACAGGUUUGGUGAAGAAAACAACAACUGGGUUGAUCGAUACGAUCCGAAGAGAACGCGAGAAGCGAGCACACGACGCAGCCGAUGGCGACAAUCCGAUGGAAGACGAAGGAGAUUCCGACAAACGUACUUCGCUCGUAACAGCUGGCGCCGGAUAG